AUGUGUUCGGCAUUUGUGUUAUUUGCUGCUAUCACAUCAGGUCUUUCUCUAGGACUCUUGUCCUUCAGCCAAGUUGAUCUUGAGGUUCUUGUUAAAGCUGGGCAGCCUAAAAUCCAGAAGAAUGCAGCGAAAAUUAUGUCCAUUGUCAAGAAUGAGCAUUUACUUUUAUGCACCCUCCUCAUAGCUAAAUCAAUGGCACUGGAGGGGGUUUCUGUUUUUUUGGAGAAAAUGUUCCCAGAGUGGCUUUCUGUAUUAAUAGCAGCUACCAUUUUGGGUUUGACCGCAGAGAUUAUCCCACAAGCCUUGUGUUCUCAAUAUGGUUUAAGUGUUGGGGCAGCAAUGUCUCCCUUUGUUCGAGUUCUUAUGAUGGUUUUCUUCCCAAUUGCAUAUCCACUUAGUAAGUUGUUGGAUUGGCUUUUUGGCAAGGGGCAUACUGCACUUCUAGGACGAGCAGAGCUGAAGACUUUAGUCCAUUUACAUGCUAUUGAGGCAGGGAAAGGUGGAGAGUUGUCACUUCAUGAAACUAGAAUAAUUGCUGGUGCUUUGGACUUGACACAGAAGACUGCUAAAGAUGCUAUGACUCCUAUAAGUGAAACAUUUUCUCUUGACAUAAACUCCAAACUUGACAUGCAUACAAUGGGCUUAAUAAUGAGCAUAGGUCACAGCCGAAUACCAGUCUACUCUGGAAAACAAACAAAUAUUGUUGGCAUUAUCUUGGUCAAGAAUCUAAUCUUCUGUCAUCAUGAAGAUGAAAUGCCAAUUAAGUUUAUGACUAUCAGGAGAGUUCCUAGGGUUGGUGAAGAUUGGCCACUAUAUGAUAUCCUGAAUCAAUUCAAGAAGGGUCAAAGCCACAUGGCUGUUGUCCUCAAGUGUGGGGGUAACAUCAGAACUGCUGCAACUGGUACAGAAGGACAUUGCCCUUCAUUUGAACCGGGAGAUCAUUUCCGCAUAUCAACUGAUGCAUCAAAUUGGCAUUCACAAGAAACAGAAUAUUAUAGUGCAACACUGAAGAGUGUCAUGCAUCGAGAGGGUGACUCAGAUCUUCUGCAAAGAAGAUCAGAACAACCUGAUGCAAGUUCAUCCUUUGAGAAUUUGGAGUCUCUUUCAACAGAAGACGAGGAAGUGAUUGGGAUAAUCACAUUGGAAGAUGUUAUGGAAGAGUUACUUCAGGAAGAUAUAUUGGAUGAAACUGAUCAAUAUGUUGAUGUCCAUCAAAAUAUCAGAAUCAAACUAGAACAUGCAAGAAGAGUGUCAUCAGGGUCCUCCAGAAGGGCUUCAAGUACUCGUCAACAACGGAGAAGUUCAGAUGCAUCUCGAGUUUUUACAUAUGUUUCAUCUGUUUCUCCAUAAGCAAAAAUGUUACCUCCCCUGAUUCUCCUGAAGAAUUUGUCCUAAUUUUUUUUAUGUCCCAAAUAAUUUUAUCAAGUAUUAUGACAUCAUAUUUUUAUUCAAGAGAUAAUGAUAAAUGUGUAAAAUCAUAUGAAUUUAUAGAGUUUAAUUUGCAUGUUAGUAAAGAUUUCUACAUUAUUAAACUAAUAAAAAAUCAUUGAACAAAAGCGUCAUAUGGGAAUAUGUGAUUGAAUAACUAACGGGAAUUGGGUUUAGCACGAGGGAGUAAUUCCAAUAGUAAUGAACCAAUUUGAAAAAUGUAUAAGAAUAUUGUUCUAACUUUGAACCUAAGAGAAAAACUUUGUUUAUUAAAUAAGUUGAGGCCUUUUCUUCUUGCACAUCCAACAAUUUUAUUAAAUUUUUAAAAUUAUUCCUGUUAAGUUCUUUUUCGUGUGUUGGUUUUUUUAGUCUUCAUUCACCAAAUGAGCUUUUUCUUUGCGGCUGAGGUCCUGAUUGUUGUUGUUGUGGGUGGUUUGAUCAAGGUCGGAGUGGUCGUUGGCAACACAUGGUUAUCAUCGUGGUGAGUAUCACAAUGCA